GCUGGGAUUACAGGCGAGCCACCGCACCUGGCCCUCUGCUCGUGUCAUACACACUGGGAUUGAGGAUGUGUCUUGGAAUUGAUGAAGCAUGUGAGAAGCCGGUGAAUAACCUGCAGGGGGCAGCAGAGGCCGAUGCCAGUGACUGCACACGGGGGCGAGUAUGGAUUCUGCCAAGGAGGAAAGUGGAACUCUCCUGGAUGGUUCCUGGACAGCCGCCCUUCCCUGCAGGCGCUUCCAGCUGCUCAGAGCAGAUCCAGGAGUGUGGAAUCUGAGAUGCUGCAGCGCCCUGGAAAGCGGGAGACCCACGUGCAGGUGUACUUGAGGAGUUCUGUCCUUUCUGUGGUUGUACAUCUGGAAUCUGGGGCCGUUUUCAGGAGCAGUGUUUUGGGUUUGACAUGUAAUUUGCAUAUCUGAAGAAAAUCUGUGAAGAUCAGGUUCAGAGAAAGAACUCUUUGGGACCUCUCCUGGAGAAGAGGCUUAUGAAGUUGACGGUUUAUUUAGGUCAGAAGCUUAAAAUCACUAAGUCAGAGUUUACUGCUGAUGAAGAUGAAGGUCUGGAAGGAGGGAGCGUUUCCACGCUGUGAGGUGGGGUGAGAUGUGUGAGAAAGCCUUGGCCAUGUCUCACCCCUAAUCCCGGUCCCCAGAAGGACAACUGCUUCUCCCUCCUGGUGCAGUCGUGCCUGGCCUGGUCUGGGUUCCCCUUCCUGCUCUGAGGCCAGCAGAUCCCUCCAUUGGACAGUGAGUCUGGAAUUCCCUGCACACACUUAGGACCCUGUGCAGGACGAAGUAUGGACAGCCCAUUGAGUGAGGAAAAAGAUAAUGCCCUGUUUAAAAAUCUGGAGCAAAUUUGGCUGAAAAGAAAAUAUCCAACGACCAGGGCUCAGGGAGAUAGUUGUCCUUUAGAGAGAGGCUGUGGCUACAACCGAUCAGUGAGGCUCUGCAGGACCAGUUAUCCAGGGCUUCUGCCAUCACUCAGUUCUGAUGGGGCGGGGCCUUGCACCUUGUCCAAUCAGGAGCGCCGGGGCGGGGCCCGGCCUACCGUCCAUCCGGAAGGAGGAGAACCAUUCCGGCUUCUGCUUUAGUUGCUAUGUAGGUUGUUGGCAUCCCAGAUUUCCUGCUCCGAGAGGCGCCGGGUCCCUCUGCCACAACUUCUGUCGCUCUGUUGCCUGCGCUGUGACCUGCUCUAUUCACGGGAGCCCUAGAGAGGACCCCGGAAUACCCAGAAGCCCGGAGAUGGAUUCGGUGGCCUUUGAGGAUGUAGCUGUGAGAUUCACCCAGGAGGAGUGGGCUUUGCUGGUUCCUUCACAGAAGAAUCUCUACAGGGACGUGAUGCAGGAAACCUUCAAGAACCUGGCCUCUGUAGGAAAAACAUGGAAAGUCCAAAACAUCGAAGAUGGGUACAAAGAUUUCAGGAGAAAUCUAAGUCUUCUUAUUAGAGAGAAACACAUUGAAAGUAAAGAAAGUAAUCACUGUGGAGAAAGCUUCAAUCAGAUUGCAGAUGACAUGCUGAACAAGAAAACUCUUCCUGGAGUAACAUCAUGUGCAAGCAGUGUGUAUAGAGAAGUUGGCAUGGGUCAUUCAUCCCUUAACAGGCAUAUCAGAGAUGACACUGGACAGAAGUCUUAUGAGUAUCAGGAAUAUGAAGAGAAUCCAUAUAGAAAUAAGCAAUGUAAGCAAGUCUUCAGUUAUCUUGACUCCUUUCAAUCACAUGAUAGAGCUUGCACUAAAGAGAAACCCUAUGAUGGUAAAGAAUGUGCAGAAACCUUCAUUUCCCAUUCAUGCAUUCAAAGACACAGGGUAAGGCACAGUGGAGAUGUACCUUAUAAAUGUAAGUACUGUGGGAAAGCCUUCUAUUUUCUCAGUUUAUGCCUUAUCCAUGAACGAAUUCACAGUGGUGUGAAACCAUAUGAGUGUAAACAAUGUGGUAAAGCCUUUACUCGUUCCUCUACCCUUCAAAUACAUAAAGGAACUCACACAGGAGUGAAAGCCUACGAAUGUAAGAAAUGUGGGAACACAUUCAGUAUUCCUAGUGAAAUUUGUAGACAUAAAAGGUCUCACACUGGAGAAAAACCCUAUGAGUGUAAGCAAUGUGGGAAAGUCUUCAUUUCUUUCAGUUCCAUUCAAUAUCAUAAAAUGACUCACACUGGAGAGAAACCCUAUGAAUGUAAGCAGUGUGGGAAAGCUUUUAGAUGUGGCUCACACCUUCAAAAGCAUGGAAGGAGUCACACUGGAGAGAAACCCUAUGAAUGUAGACAAUGUGGUAAAGCCUUCAGAUGUACCUCGGACCUUCAACGGCAUGGAAAGACACACACUGAAGAUAAACCCUAUGGUUGUAAGCAGUGUGGGAAAGGCUUUCGAUGUGCCUCACAACUUCAAAUGCAUGAAAGGACACACGGUGGAGAGAAACCCCAUGAAUGUAAGGAAUGUGGAAAAGUAUUCAAGUAUUUUUCUUCCUUGCGUAUACAUGAAAGGAUGCACACUGGAGAGAAUCCCCAUGAAUGUAAGCAGUGUGGAAAAGCAUUCAGGUAUUUCUCUUCCUUGCAUAUACAUGAAAGGACACACACUGGAGAUAAGCCAUAUGAGUGUAAGGUAUGUGGCAAAGCCUUCACUUGUUCCAGUUCCAUUCGAUAUCAUGAAAGGACUCACACUGGAGAGAAACCCUAUGAAUGUAAGCACUGUGGUAAGGCCUUUAUUUCCAAUUACAUUCGAUAUCAUGAAAGGACUCACACUGGAGAGAAACCCUAUCAAUGCAAGCAAUGUGGCAAAGCCUUUAUUCGUGCCAGUUCAUGUCGAGAACAUGAAAGAACUCAUACCAUUAAUGUAUGAGAAAUCCUAUUAGUGGAAGAAAUGGGAGCUUUCUGUUGUCCCACUUCCUUUGAAAGAUGAGAAGAGAGAGUGGUGAAAGAACUUCUGGAUAAUUGCCUUUUGAGUUGAGAGACCUGAAAAAGGACAAUAAAAUCCAGAAGGACUUGGAUGGUUUUGUAAUAUAAUUCACCUAUAGCCAAUCUUGUAUGAGAUUUCAAAGGCACAGAAAAGGAAGGCAUCAGUCACAUAAAGGCAUCACACAGGGAGAGAGGUAUGUGGCUACCUGCUUCCAGACCAUUUUCCUGAUUGUUAAUGGAGAGUAUCCCCCAAAUCACUUGUCUCCAUUCCUCAGAGUUGUAGGUCUCCAGAGAUGUCCCCAGGUGCUCCACAUUGAAGAUACAUGCCUACUUUGCUAUUUCUUCAGAAAUUUUUAAAUGUUUACCAGAGAACUAAUAAAUCUGUUAUGGCUGGAAA